AUGACUUCUGUGGACGAUCACGCUGCAUGUGCGGCAAGAGAAAGGCAUACGUUUCAGGAUAAGAUUUGGAACUGGGGCCCAUCAAAUCGGACCGAAAGGCGUUGCCGGAAUGAUCUGCUAUAUCUUACAAUGGUUCCUGCGAGUCGGCAAUAUGCAGAUACUGCCGUUAUCGGCGUCGUUAUUAUAUUCCAUUACAUCGUUGAUGCACAGAGCAAGUCUUGCGAGAUUUGGGACGCAACAGACGGAGUGCACGUGAUGACCAUCAAAAAUAGAUGGCAACUUCUCUGCGUGCGGACUUUCCCAUUAGGUUUGUUCAUUUCUUUUGACGAUAUCGACACUGAAUCGCCGAUUAACAACACGGACGAAAGCGGCAUAGGCUCUCCCUCUCUCAUGCUGGAGUGCUACAACAGACACUGCCUUAUGUGCAAGCUUCGGCUGGCACACGCAUCAAGCGUCAAAGUUCUUAAUAGACGGGGGCCACAGACUGGUCUUAUUUGCUUUACGAAGAACGGAUUUGUGAACGUUGGUACUCAAGGGAUCUGCUCUGGACUGUCUUCCAAAUUAUCUCCACCCCUAGCCGAGCUUUUGCACAUCAUAUUGACGACGAUCUCGUUUUCGGGGUUCAUGCUGGCAAAGCUCUCACGCAACUCUAUCUCACCAAACGAAGCUUAUUUACCGCAGGCUCUAACCGACGAACGAACCGAAUACUGGUGUGUACCUAGUCUCCUAUUCAGCACAUCGUUGUUCGAUCCUGCGCGAAGCACCCAGGCUUGA